AUGUUACUAAUCAAAAAGCUUGAUUCAUCAUUUACAAUUACAACGUCUUAUAAUACAAUAUUGUUUGAUUUUAAUACAAGUAAUGUACUGUUUACAGAUACAAUAUUUAUUUCACAUUCAUUAAAUUUAGAUAUUUUAUACAUUAAAGAAGAUAUUCCUAUCUACAUUACAGAGCCUGUGUAUAAACAGUUAUUAUACAAGCAUAAGAUAAAAAAUGAAAAAGAAACAGACAGUGAUAAAAAAGAAGCAGGUUGUAAAAAAGAAGCAGAUUGUAAAAAAGAAACAGAUUGUAAAAAAGAAAAAGAAGGUAUAUUUUUACAAGGCACAGAAGGUAAAUAUGUACAAAAAAUAGAUCGUAAAAAAGAAACAGAAUGUAAAAAAGAAGCAGAUUGUAAAAAAGAAACAGAAUGUAAAAAAGAAACAGAAUGUAAAAAAGAAAUAGAUUGUAAAAAAGAAACAGAUUGUAAAAAAGAAACAGAUUGUAAAAAAGAAAUAGAUCGUAAAAAAGAAAUUUCUCCUUUUUUCAUAAAAAAUUGUAUCUUUAUUACUUAUAAUCAAUUAAUACAUUUUAAUAAUUGUGUUAUAAAGGUUCUUAGUUCUGGAUUAUAUUUUGGAUGGUGUAUGUUUAGUAUUAAUGACACCUUUUUAUAUUUCAGUGAUUUGUCAUUUUCUAAUAAAAUAUGUACAGAAAUUAAAUCUAUAAAAGAUUUUAAAUAUCUUUUAUGGGGCAAUUAUCACAUCUGUACUGAGAAGUCUAAUAUAGAAGAUUUUAAUAAUUAUGUAAAAAAUAGUCUUUGUAUAGAAAAUAAGUCAAUUAAAAAACAAGAGAAUGUUUUAAGAAAUAUUAUUAAGAAUGUACAACCAUCUUUAAAUAUUUAUGUAGAAUUUCCAAAUUUUUUAAUAGAUAUUAUAUUACACAUUAAUAGUACAUUAAAAAGAUCUGUAAGAUUAGAUUGUAUUUUUAUCGAUCAAUAUUUAAAUAAUAUACUUUCUGACACUGAUUGGAUUAGUGAAAAGUAUAAUAAAGUUAAUUUAAAUAUUAGUGAUACCAGUAAUAUUAUAUUAAAACCAUUAAAAGAUAAUAUAAAUAAUAAUUUUACUAUAAAAAUAAUAGGAGGUACAAAUAAAUAUUUUAAUAUAAAUACUAAAGCAAACAUAAAAGAUAUUAAAAAGAAUACUAAUGGAUGUAUUUUUGAGUUUAGAGAUAAUAUUUACUACUCUUUUUUAUCAAAUGAUGUACAAGAUGUAUAUGUAGACAGUAAAAUAGAUAUUUAUAAUAAUAUAGGAUGUAUUACAGGUAAAUGUAUUAAUACAGAUAAAUAUGAUUAUAUUAAAAAAAUAUUUAUAAAUGAAAAUCAAGAUAUUAUAAAAUUUAUAUUUGAGAAUGAAAAUUAUGUAUGCAUAAAUGAAGUGUAUUACUUUAAAAGAUUAGGAAUAAAAAUUUAUAAAAAAGAAGAAAGAUUUCAUAUAAAAAAAAUUAAAGAUUAG